AUGGAGUUCGUGGAUGCAAUCGGCGAGCUCAAGUCCCUUCCAGAGGGCACCCACCUCCUCUGCCCCCGACAGCAUGAAGAGGACUACGGACGUUACGAUGACCUGGACGGCGUGGACGAGUCAGGAAAACCUAUUAAGGAUGUCGCUAGUGAAAGCACCACUCGAAAACGAAAGUUCCUUUCAUGCAUGCGAAUCCUCGCAUACAACAAAGAUGGCGUGGAAGAACUCCAGAACUGGGUUCUGGGCAAACUCGAUGAGACGCUGGAAAAAUGCGAUUUUUGCAUCAAAGAGUACUACACUGGCAAAAUCUGGCUCAUGGAACAGUUGAAGGAGGAGAACUACCAGGAGGAGGACGUUGAGGCAUUUGCCCGGACAAUCGACGAGUGGGACAUCAGGAGGAUCACACGCAAUUUGGCCACAGCUACAAUGCAGCUGAGAGCGACUCCAACACAAAAUAUUGGAUUAGGUGUCUUGGAUCGAGCUGCGUUGCUGUCAAUCUUUGAGACUCUGAGUUGUGACGCCAUGUUGCGCAAAGAAACCCUCCUGCAGGAGCACUUUGAUGAACCGUUUAAGCUGAUCCAAACUAAACGGAGCCUAAAGGUUUCGGACUACAUACCUGCGGUCACUCAAUUUUUAUUCGAUACCAACCCGCAACGCAGCUUUUGGGCUAUUCAGGCGUGGACACGAUACUCGCGGUCUCCAACCACCCUGGAAUUUGAAUGGGCGAUGCGAGAUGGGAUUCUCAGGGCUCUACGGACAGCAUCGCAACAGCCACCACAAUUUACGGCCAUUCAACGACUGUGGCGAGGCAUGCAACUUAUCGUCAGAAAAUUAGACCCGGGGCAAAUCACACAUCAGCUUCGAGGGUUGGAAAUCGACCCUUGCCGCUUGUCCGUGGAACAUCUUGCUCUGCCUACUACAGGUUUACGAUUCCUUCUUAACACCAUCCAGAGUUUCCUCGAGAAAGCCCCAGCCGACUUCUGGGAUGCCAUGCAAACCAUAUCUCCCCAGGCAAUCAUGGAGCUGGCAUUCUUCAACACUCAAUUCAAUAAUUUCCUUUUGGAAACAACCGAAGGCGAAUCUUAUGAGAGGUCCGCGCUAAAAGACAUGCUUUCCUGGAUUAAUCCGUUCCUCAACUCUCUGAAGGGCGCCCAUCAGCCAUCUGCCUGUCGGUUCUUGGAACUGCAGCUGCUCGGCCGGCUUCAGGAUUCGCAAUUUCCCAACCUGACCCGGUACCACUGUUUCCACAUUGGCUUGACCUGUCUUCUUCAGACGCUUCGCCGCUUCACGGACAAUGAGGCUUCUCGAGGCUCGGUCGCACGUAUCGUGCUGGCAGAGACAAUGGGGGUGGUUAGCGACAACAUCACCACGAUUCUCAAUCCUCCCACCUUCAAUGUCGAGGAAAGUCGCCAACAAGAGAUUAUCACGCUGUGCAUGGAUGUCGUGCGCAACACCUUGGCACUGGAGUGUCAGUCUUUGAAGACGGACUAUGAGGUUAUCCUGAAGAAUAAUACCCUCUCACACGGAGUGUCCACCUACUCUGCCCCUAUUUGGGAUGCCGUUAUUAAAAAUCUCCACCGAGAUAACUUGCCGCUGUCGAGUUCGGCGCUGUUAGGAAUUCUACCUCUGGUGGGAUUGGAGAAGUUCCCUACGAAAGGAGAAGGCAACCAAGAGAAGACACAUUUCAACAUGAUCUAUGGCCAUCUUACCCACCUCUCUUGCAAGAUCAUUGAACGUCUAUCAGAAUUCCCGCCCGAGCAUCUGGAAAAGCUGUUCCAAAGCCAGGACACAAGCAGUGCUCUGAUCUCGGCCCUGUUUGCUGCCGACUUGGAUACCUACCAGGCUACUGUCGACGUGAUCAAGAACGUCAGUGGCCAAUCAGCGCGGAGAGACGCCAUCUCUCAUCUGCUGCAGACGGACUUCACACUUACAGUCUACGGCCUCAGCUGGUCGUUCCGCCGAAUCUCCAACAUGAAGACAUUCGCGCCAGCUCCAAGAAUGCUUUACACGGGUACAGAUAUCGUAGAGAUCUUAUGUGACAGCCAGGCUGGUAUGCUGCGCACUCGUAACCUUGCAGAUCGACGAGAGGUCCUGUCGUUGCAGAAGCUUUGGGAAUAUUUGUGGCAGGCACUGACCACGAUCUUUGACGAGACCGAGGCGUGGCAUCUACGCGGCAACGACAAGUCUGUCAUGCUUGAAUUCUGUCGUGACACGAUUCAAUUUGCCGACUUCCUCUUCGAUCAGUAUGGUGUAUUCUUGGGGGCUGUAGCAAACGCAGAUCCUGGGCAAAAGUCCAUGUCUGAAAAUUUCCUGAAGUCCCCCACUACGACCAUGAGUGCCAUGGUCAAAUGGCUCAGGUUGAAGGAUGAAUACCUGGCAACGACUCUCGUAGGCUUGGUUUCAAAGCUUCUACGGAGGCUGGGUGCGAUGGACGUAACUACUGUGAAGCCUGAUGCAUUGAGCUUUAUUGAGGGGGUUGCUGUUGACGGAGCUAUCAAGACAAUCCUCACACAACGUGAAAAGGCUGAAUUGGUACGUUCGCUCGAAGCGUACUACAAGAAGCCGGUCGUCACUGCUUCCACAGCUGCCCUCAAGAAACAAUCCUCCAUCACUUCGUUUGCCAAACCCUCCGAUAUCUCGAGCGUCUCUUCUCGCAUCCACAGUGAUGAUGAGUUUGACGACGAUAACCUCGCCGAUCAAACCCUUCUUGAACUUUCUUCUUCUGUGGAAAUCAACAAGGCACGACUUGCAGCCCAGGCGAAACGGAACGCUGAAAAGGCGGCCAAGACGCCCUUGUCUUCGAUGUCUUUCAAGGCACGUCGUGAUAAUGCUCCUAAACCAGUCGUGCCUUCACGCCCCAAAGAUGACGCGACACAAGUUUUAUCUUUCCGUGAGAAGCGGGAACGCGAGAAGGAGGCAAAGAAGAAGCGAGAUAUGGCCGAACUUGCCAGGCUCAAGAAGAGUAUGCCUGCACAGGGUGUUGCCCAGCUCACUGCCGAGCAAGGAUCGGGUUUGAAAGGUAUUGGUAUCAAGGGCAAAGACCAUACCACGCCCGCAGAUAGCAUGAUGGUUUCCUCUGGCUCUGAAUCAGAUUCUGAAAGUGAAGAUGAAUUAGAUACAGAACUCUUUGGUGCCAAACCAAAGAAACCAGAGGCUGUGGCCGCCUACGAACUAAGCAAAAAGAAAUCCCUCCAGCAACAGCCCGUCAAAAAGAUCAAGCGUCACCGAUCCAUCAAAGAUAUGCGAGCGCGCUUGGCACCGGAUUUGGGCUCACUUCACCACUCCAUCCUAUCCUGGGACUUCUUUGCUACCGGCGACCUUCCUACAACUUCAGACCAAAAGGACUAUACGCUCGUCUCAAACUCAUUCCGUUCUCCAGGCGACUAUCAGAAUACAUUUGAGCCGCUCUUGAUCCUCGAGGCGUGGCAAGGUUUCCAGCAAUCGAAGGAAGAGGGGAAUUUCAGGAAUUUCCAAGUCAAGGUCAUGUCUCGUUUGGCUGUGGACUCGUGGAUUGAGUUCAGCACUCAGCCACUCGGUCUUCCACCAAAGGAUUUCAGCAUCGGAGAAGGUGAUUUGGUUUUGUUUUCCAACGCGUCUGAGCCCACGAAGGAUUCCAGUGCACCUCAUGUCCUCGCGCGUGUCUGUGGCGUGAAUCGGAAAAAUGCGAAGAUGGAGAUCACAUAUCGAGUCAACCCCGGCAACAACAAGUUCCUUGCCAACUUUGGGCCCGGCACUGAAGCUUGGGCGGCCAAGAUCACAUCCUUGACCCCCGUGGAGCGCGAAUACGGUGCUCUCAUGGCCUUGCAGUACUACGAUCUAUGCGAAGAGAUUGUUCUCGCCAAGCCUUCCCCCAUUCUCAAUUACGCGGACAUAAGGCUUCAGCCUAUUAUGGACAACUACACCAUCAAUCGUGCACAGGCCAAAGCUAUCAAGUCGGCUGUCGACAAUGAUGCGUUUACUCUUAUCCAAGGUCCGCCAGGUUCCGGAAAGACCAAAACUAUCAUCGCACUUGUUGGCAGUCUCCUCAGCAAUGUUCUUGGGAAACAAGCUGUCAGCAUCGGUGGACCAGCAGCCAGAAACACGAUUUCCAAAAAGCUUCUGCUUUGCGCGCCUAGUAACGCUGCCGUGGACGAGUUGGUCAUGCGAUUGAAGGAAGGCGUCAAGACAUCCGAUGGCCGCCAAGAAAAGGUCAAUGUCCUUCGUCUAGGAAGGAGUGAUGCGAUCAACACUAAGGUCCUAGAUGUCACACUCGAUGAGGUGGUCAAUGCCCGUCUGAACCAGGACCCCAGUAAAGGGAACGGUGUCGACAUGCAGAAGCUGUAUGAAGAGCAUAAGCAAACCGAUACCACGUUUAAAGAGCUUCGUUCACGUCUUGAUGAAGCAAGAGCAAAGGGAUUACCUCCUCCAGAAGAGCUCGAGCGCGAGUUUGAACUGAUGAAGAAGAAGCGAUCUCAGCUGAGCACGUCCAUUGAUAAGGCUCGCGAUCAGAACCAUACGUUGGCCCGCAAUGCUGAUAUGCAUAAACGGCGCAUUCAAGAAGAGAUUAUCAAUGGCUCUCAUGUCAUCUGCACCACUCUAAGCGGCUCUGGUCAUGAAAUCUUCCAGGGCAUGAACGUCGAGUUCGAGACGGUCAUCAUUGAUGAGGCAGCUCAGUGUAUUGAACUCAGCGCUCUGAUUCCCCUCAAGUACGGCUGCUCAAAGUGUGUGCUUGUCGGUGAUCCCAAGCAGCUACCUCCAACUGUCCUAUCAAAGAUGGCAUCACAGUUCCAGUACGAACAGAGUUUGUUCGUUCGGAUGCAGCAGAACCACCCCAGAGACGUUCACUUGCUCGACAUUCAGUACCGUAUGCAUCCUGAAAUCAGCGCUUUCCCCAGUGAUACGUUCUACGAAGGUAAGCUGCAGGAUGGACCGGACAUGGCUAAGCUCCGCCGUCGCCCUUGGCACCAGAGCGAACUUCUCAGCCCCUACCGAUUCUUUGACGUUCAAGGCAUGCAGUCAAGUGUGCCCAAGGGCCGCUCUUUGGUCAAUUUAGCAGAGUUGCAAGUCGCGAUGCAACUCUACGAGCGUUUAAUCACAGAUGUCAAAGAAUACGACUUUGCCGGCAAGGUUGGCAUCAUUACUCCUUACAAGGGCCAACUCAGAGAGAUGAAGACUCAAUUCGUCUACCGAUACGGAGAAGACAUUCUGAAAAAGGUUGACUUCAAUACGACCGAUGCUUUCCAGGGUAGAGAAAGUGAGGUCAUCAUCUUCUCCUGUGUGCGAGCAUCCAACAAAGGUAUCGGUUUCUUGGCUGACGUCCGACGUAUGAACGUCGGUCUCACACGUGCCAAGUCAUCGCUCUGGGUUCUGGGUAACUCGCAAGCUCUGAUCCAGGGCCAAUUCUGGAAUCGUCUCGUCCGCAAUGCGCGAGAGCGGAACAUCUACACCGAGGGCAACAUCAUGAAGAUGUUGGAGAGGCCACAGUUUACCGGUUACAAAGAGGUCGAGAUGAUUGACCUUGAUACUGAAAAAAUCUCCGACGCACCUCAAACCGAUAUUGCUAGAUCCAAUACUCCCGACAAAGCACCCUCCGUGCCCUCCAUCUCUCGGUCUUCGUCGGCCUCCAUUGGCCUUGACUCUCGUUCCGUUUCUGUGUCCGUUUCUGGUCGCGGUACACCCCCAGCGCCACCACCCGACGGGCCUUCUGGAGGAGGCUCGGGCUUGGACACAACUAAGAUGUGUGGACUAUGCGGAAGCGCGGAUCAUUUCACUCACAAUUGCGACAAUAACGAGGCAAGGGAACAUGCCCGCGGGGUCUGCUAUCGAUGCAAAGGAGCCGGUCACACCAAAAUCUUCUGUACUGCCGAACUCUGCCUUGAAUGCGGACAGAUUGGGCAUUCGUCCAGCAGCUGCAAUUCCAUGACACGUCUUUCGAAGUUUGAACGGGAUCGCAUGUCUAGGGAUGAGUACAGGCUCCAGCAACAAAGAAAGGAAAAGGACGAUCGUCGGCGAGAGAAUCAACUGGGAGGGCACAACCCGAAAGUCCCAGUUGUCCAGGCUACUGCUGCGAAUCCUUCGAAACCUAUUGAAGGUGCAAAGCGAAAGCGGGGGGAUUCUGUCCCCGAUGCACCCAACGCGCAACGUCCUCGAAUUGGACAAUCUAAUGCUCCAUCCCAUGCCCCCACCGGUCCACGGAAUACCGGCCCUUCGAGUCUCUCUAGACCAGCUGUUCAGGCUCCCAAGCCCCGAGCCACUGGCCAUCCAGGUCUCUCUGGACCAGUGCAUGUACCGAAAGGUCCAAAAGGAAGUCAAAAAGGGAACGCUUCCUCCGUCCCGAAUGCUCCCAAGGGCCCGCGAUCUGAUGGUCCACCAGCAGGCCUCAUUAAGCCGUCUCGCGAUGGCCCAGCAUACCCGACCGCCAAUCCCCCACCGAGAGCCCCGCCAACAGGACCCAGAGCAGAGGGUUCUAAUCCAGGUCCUAAGCCUCGGCCCCCCAUGCGGAAGAAAAAGGAAACGGACCCAUUUAUCCGCCCCAAACGCAAGUGA